UUAAAAUGGACUUCAGCGUGGAGCAAGAGUUGCAAGCGACGGCCGAGAGCCUGAAGAGGACGCGCAACAAAUUCGAGCGCACCAAAGACCAGCUGGAAAUCGCCGAACUGAAACUUUCGGCGUGCAAGGCCGAGUUGAACCAGAGCCACGCGGACCUCGUCUUGUGUCGCAGAGAGAUUUUGAGGCUCAGGGAUGAAUUGAAAGAGUCCAGGGAGCAGUUUGACUUUCAGCAAGGCUGCAUCCUCGCCUACCAGGACCACCUCUCCAUUAUGAGAACGCAUAGGUGGAAGUUCUUGUCGGACAUUCUGUCUGUGCGCGCGGCCAUGGCUCUGAGCUUGGACAAGGUUCGUGAGUUGGAGCACAAAUUCGACUGCCUCAAUCACCAAGAAUAGCAGCGCCGUGAAAAAUGGCCUGUGCUUAGCUUUGACACUUUUUUCGGCCGCAAAAUUAAUCAUCGGCGUUUGGAAAAAUUUCGCUCACAAAGAGACAAACAACGCGAUCAUAAUUUUGUUGGUGCAGGGGGCACGUCCGAAUUAGCAUUCUGUGCGCGGGUGUGCGGCCAACGGCGACACGCCGGGCCAUCUACGGUGACAAAUUAUCUGCAGCUGCUGCGCGAUACUUCUUAUUUGAUCGUUACAUUAGGAAAUAAAAAAAACAGGAGCUCUUAAAUGACCGAGUGUGACGUCACACAAGAGACAAGUAUAAACGCGGCGGGGGUUUUAAAUUUGACUGGAAAUUUUGAAAAAGAACAAUAAAAUUGUAAAUUGCAAUUGAAAGAAUUAAAAAUAUUAAUAAAAUCAUU